AUGGCCAAGUCGUCUCCGGAGAAGAAACCGGCCACUACAUUAGACGACUACGCUCACAGUCCAUUCCAUUACGCCGUCGUUUUAGGAGACCACGCUGGUUUAACUCGCCUCGUCUCCUCCUUACCUAAACUCACCGAGCCAGAACAAAUACACACCGAGUCAGACUCCUUGAGCCAGGAGCGCCUCGCCUCGCAAAUCUCCGCCGUGAUCGACCGCCGCGACGUUCCUUCACGCGAGACGCCUCUCCACUUAGCGGUUCGCAUAGGCGACGUCUUCGCCGUGGAGACGAUCUCCUCCGCAGGCGCAGACAUCACGCUCCAGAACGCCGCGGGGUGGAGCCCCUUGCACGAGGCGCUCUGUCGCCGGAACACCGAGAUCACGGCGACGGUGCUCCGGCAUCAGCGGCGCUCGGCGUGGUGCAAAUGGAGACGGAGGCUGCCGUGUCUGAUCGGCAUCCUCCGUCGUAUGAGAGACUUCUACUUGGAGAUUUCUUUCCACUUUGAGAGCUCCGUGAUCCCGUUUGUCGGAAGGAUGGCUCCUUCCGACACGUACAGGAUCUGGAAGCGCGGAGGGGAUCUCCGCGCGGAUACUUCUUUAGCAGGGUUCGACAGUUUCAAAAUCCACCGCGAGAACCGGAGUUUUCUGUUUCUUGGUGAUGGAGAUGAGUUUCUUGAUGUGUCUCCCGGUACGUUGCUUGUGUUGAACAGAGAGGAUAAGACGAUACUGAACGCGUUUGAAAACGCUAAUGAUCCGAUUAGCGACGGUGAGGUCGCGGGUUUUUGCUCUCAGACGAGCUUGUACCGUCCAGGGAUGGAUGUUACGAGAGCUGAGUUAGUUGAGAUGACGAAUUGGCGAAGGCAGGUGAAGACUGAAACGGUUGGAGAGUGGAGAGCCAAAGGUUACGAGGUUGAGAACGUGAGUUUUAGUUUCAAAUCGCGGAAAGUUGUUGCUGUCGGAGAAACAGAGAAGACCUCGCGUUCGGACAAUAUCUCAGAACCGUUAUGGAGGCAGAGGACGCAGCACGGUUGUUCCAACGUUGAGGAGAAAGAGUUUCAGCCGUCGUCGUCGUGGAGGAGGAGGAGCAAGUCGGUUUCUUUACCGGUAGAGGGAGUUACGGUGGCGGCUUCUGUGCCGCGGAUUAAAGAGAAGGAGCUUGUGAAGAGUUUGAGUCCUUCGGUUUGGUUAACGGAGGAUUUUCCUUUGAAGACGGAGGAGCUGCUUCCGUUGCUUGAUAUUUUAGCCAAUCAUGUUAAAGCUGUGAAGAGAAUGAGGGAGCUGCUCACCGCUAAGUUCCCGCCGGGAACUUUCCCGGUAAAGUUGUCGAUACCGGUGAUACCAACGGUGAAGGUAGUCAUGACAUUUAGCAAGUUCGUGCCUCUACGACCGAUGGAUCAGUUCUACACACCGCUAUCAAGCCCGGGACACCUCUCAGCUGCAGUCGAAGACCAAUGGAACGUGGAGAGUGAGGAAACAUCCGACAUAAGAACGUCUACUAAUUCACGCUCGUCGUUUUCAAGGUCGUCAUGGCGGAGACUGAGCAUCACCGGCACGGGAAAAACUGCACAGCAACGGCUGGAGGAGGAGCAGGCACAGAUGGUGGAUCCAUUUGCAAUACCAACAGGGCACAUAAGAUAUUGUGAUCGUAAUAGAAUGGCGAGUGAAGCACCUAGUUGGGCGGAUCAGUGGGGGACCGGUGGAAUUGGUGUGAUGGCAGCUACGGAGGAGACCACUGACGGAAAGAAAGACGCCGCCAGGAAGAAGUCCGGCAAGACUAAAGCAGGGUUUAACAAAGCUAAGAUGGUUGCAUUUAUUGGUGUAAAUUGGAUGAAAAACCUUGUGCAUAGGAAGAAGAAGGACGCUAUUUCUUCAUAA